AUGGAUAUAAGCAAGGACGGUUACUGUCCCCACAGCGCCGUUAAAAUUCAUGUGUGCGAUACACCAGACUGUUGCAAUACUUGUGAGAACAAAGAAUUAUCCUGUAAGCUAGCGCCCUCUGCGUAUAUUCAUCUUAUUCAUGAUGUUAUCAAGAACAAAAAGGAUGGUGACCAUGGCAAGGAACCAAGAUAA